AUGUCAGGACAACCACAAGAGAGAAAAGGACAAUCAACUCAUCCGCCGAACUCCCCUAUGAUAAGCGCCCGGCGCACCGCAAGCCAAGCCACCCUCAACAAGCGACGGAGAAAGAAGCGUGCCGAACUCUUCAGCGACCUCCGAAGUCUCAGCAAUACUCCAGACGAUGUUGAAUCAAAUCAACCAUCUCGCUCAAGAAACGGCUGCACGCUUCGACGAACUAGCUCAGAACCUCACCGUUUCUUUUUUUAA